AUGGCAGCCAGGCACUUGGCCCUCAAGGCCAAGGAAAAUCCGAGGCACACUCCGUGCCUUGACACCGACAGGCACACGAAGAAGCUAGUCAUUGAUUCACGGUCAGCCUACAACGAGAACCGAACAUCAAUUUCCACGAUGCUCCGGGCGAAUUGUACUCGAGAACACGCGACAAAUGUUGAACUUUCUUGGAGUGAAGGCGACGUUUCAUCAGCGCACCUAGCGAGCUACGACCUGGGCUUGCCCUCUGCUCUCAGUGCCCAUCCCCCGUGGCGAAAGCCGUUGGCAUACAUACCACAGAAGAACAGAAAGGUUCACCAAUAA